AAAAAAAAGGUGGAGGAUGUUGGAUUCUGGAAUGCUUCUUAAUUUAGGGUGAGGUCUCAGCUGGACCCACCAUCCCAAAUAAUCAGAUGUUGCUCUGAACUGGUGGGGGGGGGGCACGGUGGUGAGGGUGGAGAGAGGGGUCUUUGGAAAAAGUGAAGUGGCCCGCCCAAGAUGCCUGGAAUGUGAGAGGGCUUUAGGAGCCUGAAGGGUGCUAGAGAGCUGACCUUCAGGGGGGCGUGUCCUUAGCUCUCAGCAUCAAUGGCCUGGCCUGGCCAAUCAUGAGGUCCUCUCUCUGGCAGGUAAACACUGAGGGGUGCUCUCAAAGGAUGGAACCCCUGCCAGACCCACUCUACCCCUGGAAGCAGGGAAACCAAAGCCAGAGGGCGCCCCCUUGGUGUAGACGCUGAGCCCCAGCUGAUGGCCCAGAGCCAGUCACGUGGGUGGACCCAUGCUGCCCUCGCCUCAGUUUCCUAAUGGUGUUUGGGGGGAAUAAGUGGGGGACAGGGGACAGAAGUUAAGAGAUAGCAUAUAACGGACAUCUGGUACCAGCUGAAGGCAGCCUGGCAGGUUGGAAUCCCAGCUGCACUGUUGGCUGGGUGUGAAGUGACACCGAACAUGCCCCAAACCUCCUAGGCUAUAUUCCUGAGCUGUAAAAUGGGAUUAGGGGGAAACUGAUUACAAGACAAAGGUAAGGAAUCAAAGGGUCUAGCGGAGAGCCUGUGCACUGUAGGAACUGAAGAUCAGCACAGGAGCCCAUUAUUACGGUGUCCCCACUGUUGUGUGGCUAGAGGGUGGGACUCCUUUUCUCAGACUGACAUUCCAGGCUUCCUCUAAACCUACAGAUUGAUGACAAGUUUGCCAGCUCUGUUGAAUGCAGCCAGAGCUUGUUGGGGGAGUUUUCCGGGGGCAGGGGGAGAGGGGUCAGAAGUCACCUCGACCCAUCUCCCUUCAAUUCCAGAUGAAGAAAUCCAAGCCUGGGAAAGGAAAUGACCUCCGCCAGCUCUCAGGGUGGGUGGAGCAGGUCCAGGACCUCUGGAGGAAGAAGGGCAGGAGAAAGAGCUGCCAGGGGGUGUCUGGUAACGGCAACUCAGGGUUUCCAGGGCUGAAUUUCCAGCCAGGGCAGGUCCUUAAGGAAUUUUCUCUUCCUCCCCAGGACUUCCAUCUUCCCAGGCUUUCCUCUGAAUGACUGACUCAGAGAGCAAGUCUCUGGGUCCCUGCGCCAUGCAGGGAUGGUUUGCCACCUUCAAGGUGGGGCUGAGCUGGAGAGAAAUUGAGGACCAGCCAGGGGUGGGGAUGAGCUCCCUGUAAACCAGAGCUUUCACAUCAUUUGUCUACCAGCGGGCUGCCUUCCUCCCAAGCCGGGCACUGGCGGUUUCCAGGAGCUGAUAGGACAUUCUGCUCUAGGACUCUCCAGAAAUGCAGGCGUUUCUGAGAAAGCACGUGGUGGGUGCAGCAGAGGGGAGGUUUGGGUGCCUGCUUACUCCCCAGCUUGGGUUGGCCCAAGCCCCACGCUGCAGAGAGAAAGUGAAAGAGAAAAAGGGCGGCUACAGGGGGCGGAGGUAGGAUGGCCAGGGGACUGCCCGCACCAUACUUGCUGCAGCUCCAGAGCUGGAGGGAGGGAGAAGCCACUGGCAGCGCGGGAGUCCAGGGAACAGUGGCAGUGGACAGUGCGCCACCAUGGAGUUGGGGCCUCUGGAGGGUGGGUACUUGGAGCUUCUCAACAGCAGUGCCGACCCUCUGCAGCUCUACCACCUCUAUGACCGGAUGGACCUGGCUGGAGAAGAAGAGAUCGAGCUCUGCUCAGGUGGGCCCUCCUCCCUCUGGCCCUUUUCAAGUCCUUCCCCAGCCCUCUGCCUGCCAUGGAGCGCUGCUCAGCACCACGGACAGCUCCAGAGCCCGCCCCCCGGGGGCGGGCUCCUCGUGGGGACAUCUCCCAGCCUGCCCGGCUACCCCCUCCUUCCCCACCAGCCCUCUUUCCUGGCUCUUUCCUGCUUCAUCCAAGUGGCUUUUCCUCCCAGAACCUGACACGGACACCAUCAACUGCGAACAGUUCAGCAGGCUGUUGUGCGACAUGGAAGCAGAUGAAGAAACCAGGGAAACUUACGCCAGUAUCGCGGAACUGGACCAGUAUGUUUUUCAAGACUCUCAGCUGGAGGGCCUGGGCAAAGACAUUUUCAUUGAGCACAUAGGAUUGGAAGAAAUGAUCAGUGAGAGCGUGGAGGUGCUGGAGGACUCAGGGCGGAAAAGUCAGAAAAGAUCUUUCCCGGAGGAGCUGCCUGCGGAUCUGAAGCACAGGAAGCUAGCCGAGCCCCUCGCCAUGCCCAUGGUGACUGGCACUUUCCUGGUGGGGCCAGUGAGCGACUCCUCAGCUCGACCCUGCCCAUCACCUCCUGCUCUGUUCAACAAGGAAUCAACACCCAGCCAGGCCCAGCUGGAGGACGCUGUCCCAAUGCCGGCGCCCCCUUCAGGUUCCUUGUUGAGCUGCCUGAGUGUCCCUGCUGGACCUAUUCAGAUCAUCCCCACGCUCUCCACCCUGCCCCAGGGGCUCUGGCACAUCUCAGGGGCCGGGACAGGGGUCUCCAGUAUACUCAUCUACCAAGGUGAGAUGACCCAGGCCAGCCAAGCACCCCCUGUCCAUAGCCUCCCAAAGUCCCCAGACCGGCCUGGCUCCACCAGUCCCUUCGCCCCGUCAGCAGCUGACCUCCCCAGCAUGCCUGAACCAGCCCUGACCUCCCGGGCAAACAUGACAGAGGGCAGUGUGUCCCCCACCCAAUGCUCAGGUGAUCAAGAGGCCUCCAGCAGGCUUCCCAAGUGGCCAGAGACUGUGGAGCAGUUCCACCACUCACUCCGGGACAGGUACCAAGCCAAGCCCGCAGGCCCGGAAGGCAUCCUGGUGGAGGUGGACCUGGUGAGGGUGCGGCUGGAGAGGAGCAGCAGCAAGAGUCAGGAGAGAGAGCUGGCCUCCCUGGACUGGGCAGAGCGGCAGCCAGCCCGAGGGGGUCUGGCGGAGGUGCUGCUGGCCGCUAGCGACCGCCAGGGGCCACGCGAGACGCAGGUGAUCGCCGUGCUCGGCAAAGCAGGACAAGGGAAGAGUCACUGGGCCCAGGCCGUGAGCUGGGCCUGGGCUGACGGCCAGCUGCCACAGUACGACUUUGUCUUCUGCAUCCCCUGCCACUGUUUGGACCGGCCGGGGAACACCUACCGCCUGCAGGAUCUGCUCUUCUCCCUGGGCCCACAGCCCCUGCCCAUGGACGACGAGGUCUUCAGUUACAUCUUGAGGCGGCCGGACCGCGUUCUGCUCAUCCUGGAUGCCUUCGAGGAGCGCGAAGCCCAGGACGGCUUCGUGCACAGCGCGGGCGGACCCCUGUCCUCAGAACCCCGCUCCCUUCGGGGGCUGCUGGCUGGGCUCCUCCAGCGCAAGCUGCUGCGAGGCUGCACCCUGCUGCUCACGGCCCGGCCCCGGGGCCGCCUGGCCCAGAGCCUGAGCAAGGCCGACGCCCUGUUUGAGGUGGCCGGCUUCUCCGCACAGCAGGCCAAGACCUACAUGCUGCGCUACUUUGAGUGUCGGGGGGCCCGUGAGCGCCAGAAGAGAGCCCUGGAGCUCCUCCAGGCACAGCCGUUUCUCCUGAGUCACAGCCACAGCCCUUCCGUGUGCCGGGCCGUGUGCCGGCUCUCAGAGACCCUCCUGGAGCUGGGCGAGGAGGCAGAGCUGCCCUCCACGCUCACCGGCCUCUACGUCGGCCUCCUAGGACCAGCGGCCCGCGAAAGCCCCCCGGGUGCCCUGGUGGGACUGGCCAGACUGGCCUGGGAACUGGGCCGCCGUCACCACAGCAGCUUGCAGGAGGGCCAGUUCCCAUCGGCAGAGGCCAGGGCCUGGGCUGUGGCCCAAGGCUUGGUGCAGCGUGCCCCGGGGGCCCCGGGGGCCCCUGAGCUGGCCUUCUCCAGCUUCCUCCUGCAGUGCUUCCUGGGGGCCGUGUGGCUGGCUCUGAGCAGCGAGAUCAAGGACAAGGAGCUGCCGCAGUAUUUGGCAUUAACCCCUAGGAAGAAGAGGCCCUAUGACAACUGGCUGGAGGCUGUGCCACGCUUUCUGGUCGGGCUGGUCUUCCAGCCUCGCGCCCGCUGCCUGGGAGCCCUGGCAGGGCUGGUGGCAGCCACCUUGGCGGACCGGAAGCAGAAGGUGCUCAACAGGUACCUGAAGCGGCUGCAGCCCGGGACCCUGCAGGCAGGGCGGCUGCUGGAGCUGCUGCACUGCACGCACGAGGCCCUGGAUUCUGGGCUUUGGCAGCAUGUGCUGCAGGGGCUCCCGACCCAACUCUCCUUUCUGGGCACUCGGCUCACGCCUCCGGACACCCACGUGCUGGGCAGCGCCUUGGUGGCUGCAGGCCGAGACUUCUCCCUGGACCUCCGCAGCACUGGCAUUGACCCCUCUGGACUGGGGAGCCUCGUGGGACUCAGCUGUGUCACCCAUUUCAGGGCCGCCUUGAGUGACACAGUGGGGCUGUGGGAGUCUCUACAGCAACGUGGGGAGACCAAGCUACUCCAGGCACUGGAGGAGAAAUUUACCAUUGAGCCUUUCAAGGCCAAGUCCAUGAAGGAUGUGGAAGACCUGGGCAACCUCGUGCAGAUCCAGAGGACGAGAAGCUCUUCUGAAGACAUGGCUGGGGAACUCCCUGCUGUCCGGGACCUAAAGAAGUUGGAAUUUGCGCUGGGCCCUGUCUUGGGCCCCCAGGCUUUCCCCAAACUGGUGAGGAUCCUUGAGGCCUUUUCUUCCCUGCAGCAUCUGGACCUGGACUCGCUGAGUGAGAACAAGAUCGGGGACGAGGGUGUCGCCCAGCUCUCAGCCACCUUCCCUCAACUGAAGGCCCUGGAGACGCUCAACUUGUCCCAGAACAACAUCUCCGACGUGGGUGCUUGCCAGCUGGCCAAGGCCCUGCCCUCGCUGGCCGCGUCCCUCCUCAGGCUGAGCUUGUACAAUAACUGCAUCUGCGAUGUGGGAGCCGAGAGCCUGGCGCAUGUGCUUCCAGACAUGGGGUCCCUCCGGGUGCUAGAUGUCCAGUACAACAAGUUCACAGCCGCCGGGGCCCAGCAGCUCGCCGCCAGCCUGAGAAAGUGCCCUCACAUGGAGACGCUGGCGAUGUGGACACCCACCAUCCCGUUUGGUGUCCAGGAACACCUGCAGCAGCAGGACUCAAGGAUAUCCUGAGAUGAUCCAGGCUGCACCCGGGACAAGCACGUUCUCUGAGGACGCUGACCACGCUGGACCCUGACCUGAUCAUCUGUGGACACAGCUCUUCUUAGGCUGUGUCCCGUGAGCUUUGGCGAUCUGGUGCCCAGCCCUGGUGGCUCAGAGUCAGCCCCCACUCUGCUGGGGAAAGGACCCACGGCCUGCUCUGUGGACAGACCCCAGGCCCGGCCCCAGGCUCCUUCGGGGCCCAGACUGAUGUCAGCCUUGCUCAGCCGCUGCAGUCCUGGCAGACAGGCGGGCACCCAGUGGCAGCUAGGGUCCACCCGGGAGCCCUGAAGCACUCCCUGCAGGACACUGCAGACAGUGGUGGCCAGGUCAGAGUGAGGGAUGUGGCGGCCACAUCACCUGCCCAGGUCCUGCUGGCCGGGGGAGAAAGCACCUCUCCACACUGCUCCCCUGGUGGGGUAAGCUUGGCGCUCAGAAGAUACCAGCCAGCACCCCCCAGCGUGUUGAUUUCCCAAACGGUGACCGACGGGGUGUCCACGGCAGCUGCCCUCUGCCUCCGGCACCUGCGGGUUUGCACUCACUUUGUUUGCCGAGGCCAAAGCUGGGCCUGGCCAGACACGCCGGACCUUAGCGGGGGAAGAGCCGACAGUACACUACGGGACGAGGCAGGGUGGCGAGGGUCUGGAACCACAUCCGCCUUCUUGCCCUCACGUCCUGUGUCUUUUUUCACUACAUUAUACAUGGCUUAUUCAGUCUCACAGGCAGGUCCUGUGUUUGAGUUUAUACCACGAGGACCAUUUUGCGGGGCCCACUGUUCGGCCAAUCUGAUGCAUCACAGACUAACCCCAGGUGUGCCAUGGCUCAAAACAACACACAUUUAUGGAGCGCACACACCUGUCUUUUGGGCAGGGCUUGGUGGGGACAGCUCAUCCCCACCCCGCUCAGUGUCAGCUGGGGCGGUUUGAAGGCUUGGUCACUCCUAGACCCUGCACUUGAUGUUGGCUGGUAGUUGGGGGCCUUGGUUCCUCUAAGGAAAAGUCGGGGGAUCCUUGCCACGUGGGCUAGUUUGGGCUUCCUCAGGGCAUGGUGGCUGGGUUGAAGAGUGGUCACCCCAAAAGGAAGAGAGGUGGCGGGGGGAGAUGGACACCCCAGAGAGAAGUUGUGUCCUUUUUGUAACCCAGCCUUCGCUGCCACACAGCAUCAUUUCUGCCAUAUCCUAUGCUGCUCUCCUACCCUCCCCGCACCCCUCAGCCCAACACACAGCAGAGUCCACUGUGGCCCAAGUCCUGUCUUUGGGGAAAGGAUUUUCUUUUCUUUCUUUCCUCUUUUUUUUUUUUUUCCUUUAUAGGGCCGCAGCUGCAGCAUAUGGAGGUUCCCAGGCUAGGGGUUGAAUCAGAGCUGCAGCUGCCAGCCCAUGCCACAGCCACAACCACGCAGGAUCUGAGCUACAUCUGUAACCUACGAUGCAGCUUGCAACAAUGCCAGAUCCUUAACCCACUGAGCAAGGCCGGGGAUUGAACCUGCAUCCUCAUGGAUGCUAGUUGGGUUCUUAACCUGCUGAGUUGCAAGGGGAACUCUAGGAUUUUCCUUAUGGCUUCCUACAAUUCAUUGUCAAAUUCAUUCUUUGGGGAUCAGCAAGGUUGAAGCACUUUUGAGCUUUGCGGAGUAGUUUCCUCUGCUCUGACUUGCUGCUCUAUUCUGGGAGCCGUUUCUUAGCCAAGCUGGAAUUGGGCCCUGGCCGUAGCGAGUCUGGAAGGGACUUGGCAGCUUUGCUGUCUACACAGAGAGCUGCCAGCUCAGCUGUUGUUUUUCACUGGGGCACGGCAUGCCCGAUCAGAAGGCCUGAUCUGGGGCAACUUGGCUCUCUCCCAGUGGCCACGGAAGCUGUCUCUUCAGCUCCCCUGCGCCAGGGAUUCUGUCCCGGCUGCCUGGCUGGCAGUGCUUGCAGAAAGGCAGUGCCUUCUGCCCGGCCCAGGGGCUAAGGGUAGUGAGCCUUGCAACUAGGGCAUCACUCCUCAGGGUGUCCCGGCUUCUGUGGAUGUGGGACUCCCAUUUGUGCGGCCACGGGGUCUGAUCUAGGCAUCUACUGCACCCUUCAGUCAGGCAGGGUGGGCACUAAUGUCCCCACUGCUUUUGGUCUGUUCAGAAGUGACAAAAUGAGGUCAGAGCCUAAAAUUAUUCACAGUAAUGACUUUUCCUUUUUAGGGCCACACCUGCAGCAUAUGGAAGUUCCCAGACUAGGGGUCCAAUCAGAGCUGUAAUCGCCAGCCUACGCCACAGUCACAGCAACACCAGAUCUGAGCCGCAUCUGCAACCUACACUGCAGCUCAUGGCAAUGCCAGAUCCUUAACCCACUGAUUGAGGCCAGGGAUCAAACCUGUAUCCUCUUGGUUAAGUCAGGAUCUUAACCCACUGAGCCACAACGGGAACUCCAGUAAAUGACUUUAAAUGAUACCUACUAUUUACAAAAUGAGUUGAUAUGUGUAAAGUGUUAUCACAGGGCAAGGGGGCAUAGUAAGUUCUUAAUGAAUAUUAACAAAUAUUAUGACUUUGUUCCAGGCACUGAGCCCAUCCUUCCAAAGCAGCACCACAGUGUAGGGUCAGCAACUCAGGCUCUAGAGUGAGACUGCUUGGGCUCAAUGCCCAGCCUACCACUUACACGUGCAAAUUUCCUCUCCGUGGUUCAGUCUCCUCAUGUGUAAAAUGGGCAUAAGCACAUCACCUUCUUUGUGGAGUGAUGCGGUGAUUCCAUGAGCAAAUACACUGAGAACAAGAGCCUGGCAUAUCGCUCCGUCCAUGUUGGCUGUCACUUCUGCAUACGUUGGUGUGUUUCACUCUCUCCUCUGCCUGGGAUGUUUUCCCAGCUCUUCACAUGGCCUGCAGGGCUCAGUUUAACGGACAGCUCCUCGGGAAGGUCCCUCAGGCCACCCUACUAAACACAGACAUAACCCCCUGCCACGAGUUUGGUUUUUCACACUUAUUUUUUGUGUUGUCUGCUCUUGCUCCAGAGUGUGAGCUCCAGGAGGGUGGGUAACUUGUUUGUUGGUUUCUUGGGUGCACCCUCUGUAACCAGCAAGGUACCUGCACAUAGUCAGUGCUAAGUGAUUGUGGAAUCAACAAAUAAUUCCCGCCACAAGUAUGCUUUCUCUGCUUGCAGUAUCCAUCCCACAGAUAUGCACUGAGUACGUGGUCCUGUAGUCUGUCAGAUACUCAAGGUCCCUGCUCUGUUAAGUCUGGCAUUUUAGUAAGCUGCAAAAACUGCCUGGGGGUUCCUGCCGUGGUGCAGCGUAAACGAAUCAACUAGGAACCAUGAGGUUGCGGAUUCGAUCCCUGGCCUCAUUCAGUGGGUUAAGGGUCUGGCCUCUCUCCCAAAGAAUAUGUCUCCCUUCGUCAGCUUCCCUCUUUUCCUGCGUCGCCCUCUCAGCAUCCCCUUUCUUAGAAUCACAUGAGGACAGGCAGCGCUGUAACCGCCUUCUCCUGCAUCCUGCUGGACCUUUCCCGCACCUCAGUCUUCUCACCUGUAGAAUGGAGCUAAUCACCUGCUCCUUGUCAAACACGGCGUGUAGGUAAAGGGGCUCAGAAAAGCCUCGAGUGUUCUGCAAACUGGAGACAACGACAGCAAGCAGCCAGCUUGCAUCCUUGCUUUGCUCCUUCCCUCGUCCGCUUGCUCCCCGUCUCCUCCGCUUGUUUCCCCCCACCUUUAGGGGAGGCCUGUCAUGCCGGGGAUCCCCGCCUCCCACUGCUUGGGGGUUCAGGCCUGAUUUUUCAGCAUGGCCACCAGGCCUUUCCCACCAUAUCCAAGGCCGGCCCUGGCUUGUCAGGCUUGCGGGAGCCGGGAGGGGGCCGGGUUGGGAUGCACACGCCAGCCCAGCAUGGAUGAACCAACCGGGGAGGCCUCGACUCUAAUGCCCUUUGUCAACCACGAGGUUCUGCGGGAGGAAAAUCUUAAUUUCCCGAAUCUCAGGAGAAAAAAAAAAGGCAGGCCCCCCCAGGGGUGGAAGUUGCAUACAUUUUUUAAUUGUAAUUGAAAGAAGUCAGCCUUCUAAGUAUUGCUUUUACAGGUUUAUCGAAGUCAAGUAUUCAUACCACUCACAUUUUCAAAAAAUAUUUCGGGCCGGAAGAGUGCCAUCCCCUGGCACAAAGUAUCAGUUCUGGCAACUUGAUGGACAGCAAACAACUUGAAAUUAAUGAGUCAAAACCCCACCCUCGGCCCCCCGAUGUGUUCUUUUCCUUCUGAGUCACUCUGAAACAGUUGCGGCUUCUGAGCCCGGCCCUGGGCCGAACCCCGCCGGGCUUAGAUCUCCAACAGCUGGGAAUGGCUUCUGUGCGUGAAGUGUCCUCUCCGAAGGUUAAGUGGGGGAAGCAGGUGCAGUCUGGGGUGAGGAGCGGGGAGGCCGACUCUGGCGGGGUUCCUGUAAACAUCCACGGCAAUGGCGAAAGGGUGGAAGCCAAGGCAAGGCCGUUUGCGCGACGAUGCAGGCCAGUGAGGUCUGGGGGCACCCCUGCCACCGCCCUCGGGCAGGGGCAUGUGCCCUCCCGACCUCGGCACUCAGUCUCAAUCUCUCUGUCCCACUGUCCUCGGUCUGGACGGGAACCUCUCUGUUGGCACGGAGCUUUCCAGGGGAGCAGGCCUAACAAGGGGGACAAAGGGCCGUUACCAGCAUGGAAGCACCGCCCUGCCACCCAAGGGGCGGUGGGUCUGGACCCAUCCUCCAUCCCUCAUAUUCGGGGAACCACCAGAAACCCCAGGCUCAGGCUGGGGAUGUUGUCCUCUAAUUUCCAUUAAAAAUUUUUUAUGAUUCUGCCUAAUUUCUAAGGACCCUGGGCUGGAGAAGCAGUGCCAUUUCACGUGGGACGGGAAGGACCGUCACAUUCGUGAGAGCUAACACCCAGGAGGGGGACCCUGGGACCUGAGGGAGGAGGGAAGCCUGCUUGGGGGCCACAGGGGGGUCUGCUGGCGGACCUGAGCUCCAGGGCACAGAAGCAGCUCUGGGGGGUGGGCGGGGCCUGGCAGCAGCUUCCACCUUGUCCGGAAAAUGCUGCUUCGCAGCCUCCAGGAAGGCUGUGGCCACAGCCAAGCUACUCAGCAGCUCCACUUGCCUUGUCAUCCCCACUGCCUGGCUCCCUGCAAGUCCUCAUUUCCUGUCCUUCUCUCUCUGGGUCCAGCUGGGUGCCAGCGUGUCUGCAUGCCUCACAGUCCCAUGCCCGUGCUCCUGACAGCCCCUACAAGUCCUGGCCCGCUUCUGAGCCUCACUUUCGCUGGCUGAGACUAUUCCUUUUGCAAAUGUCAUCAAGCAUCAACUAAACCUUAGGC